AAUCAGUGACUUCUGUCUCGCCCGGGAGAGAGUAACGUUCGGAGAGUAAUUGUGCACUCAAACCGGGUCUAUGCUAUCGUGCACAAUUCCUCAAAACGCCCUCACAACCUCCCGGUUUUAUUUAACUCUUUUUUCAUUCACAGUAACGUUGUUUAUUGUCAACAAUUGUCGUUUCAUUCAACACCUUUGAUUCUUAGUAUUUUAAGCUUUUAAAUUAUUCACAUAAUACUGUUUUUCAGUGAAAAAAUAAAACAAACAGUGAAACUGGAGGUGUAAAGACAGUGAAGGGGUGGUGAUGGAGUUUAAAGACCCAUCGAGUCGGCUUUUGCUGACUUUAUUAUCAUCAUUCAUUGUAAUUUUUACACUUAUCCAUACAUCAGGAGCAAGUGAUGGAAUCUCAACUGAUCCUCAAAAAGUUUGUCCCUUGAGGCAAUUCCAAUGCAAAAAUGGUAAUUGCUUACCUAUGCCAUGGGUUUGUGAUGGAGCAGACGACUGCAAAGAUAAUUCUGAUGAGAGUCCAAGCAUAUGCAAACCUGAAUCUUGCAAGGAUACGGAAUUCAAGUGCAAAAACGGAAAGUGCAUACCUGGACAUUGGCACUGUGACAACGAGUCUGACUGCUCUGAUGGAUCUGAUGAAGACUCUACUGUCUGCCGUGCCAAGAAUUGCACAGUGGAUCAGUUCACAUGCCGAUCGGGAAAUGGUGAAUGCGUGGCAUUGGCUUGGAUGUGCGACGAUAACCCAGACUGCUCAGAUGAGUCUGAUGAGGCUGACUGCAAUGAAACUUGUCGUUCGGAUCAGUUCACUUGUGCUGAUAAGAAAUGCAUUCAAAGUAAUUGGGUGUGCGAUCAAGAUGCAGAUUGCGACGAUGGAAGUGAUGAAAAAGAUUGUCCACCGACAACAUGUAGACCGGAUACGGAUUUUGCUUGCUCUCAAGGAUACUGCAUUACUGCAAGGUGGAGAUGUGAUGGAGACUUUGAUUGUCCGGAUCACUCUGACGAGAUAGGAUGCAAAGACGUGUCACGCGGUGAACACUCAAGCCAUUGUGCUGAACAUGAAUUCCAUUGUGGAGACCCUUUUACUUGCAUUCACCAGAGUUGGGUCUGUGAUAACGAGAAAGACUGUCCUAAUGGAUCUGAUGAAUCUCCAGAAAGGUGUCGCAAUGUCACAUGUAGAGCUGAUCAAUUUCAGUGUGGAGAUCACACGUGUAUUUCAGGGCACUCAUAUUGUGAUGAUAAGCAAGACUGCAAAGACGGCAGUGACGAGAAAAAUUGUACGUCAAAGAUAUCUUCUUGUGAUGCACAGACUCAAUUCGAGUGCAGCGAAGGCUCCUGCAUCCCAUUGAGUCACGUUUGUGAUAAGCAACGUGAUUGUAUUGGCUGGGAAGACGAGAGUCGAGAACGGUGUGGUGUUAAUGAAUGUUUGAAGAACAACGGUGGAUGCACACAGAUUUGUGUUGAUAUGCCAAUUGGAUAUCGAUGCGAUUGUCGACCUGGAUAUCGACUCAUUGACAAUCGCACGUGCGAUGAUGUGGACGAGUGCUUGGAACCAGGAAGCUGCUCACAAUAUUGCCUCAAUGAAAAAGGAACAUUUAAAUGCAGCUGUGCACCAGGGUAUUUGCGGGAUCCAAAGAACGUGACAAGAUGUAAAGCAGCAGAAGGACAUGCAAGUCUACUCUUUGCACGAAGACAUGAUAUCAGAAAAGUAGCUCUAGACCGUCAGGAAAUGACUGCUAUCGUUAACAAUACAAAAAUGGCUACGGCUCUUGACUUUGUAUUUCGAACAGGAAUGAUAUUCUGGAGUGACGUGAAUGAAAAAAAAAUUUACAAAGCUCCGAUAGAUGAAGGAAACGAACGUACAGUUGUUAUUGAUAAGGAUUCAACAACAACUGAUGGUUUGGCAGUAGAUUGGAUAUAUAAUCAUAUAUAUUGGACUGACGCUGGUAAAAAUACUAUCGAGAUAGCUAAUUUUGAAGGCAACAUGCGUAAAACAUUAAUAAAGGACCAGAUUCAAGAACCGAGGGCAAUCGCGUUGAAUCCAUUGGAAGGUUGGAUGUUCUGGACAGAUUGGGGUGAUGAAGCUCGUAUCGAGAGAGCUGGAAUGGACGGCUCUCAUCGAUCGGUGAUAGUUGGAAGUGAAGUGACUUGGCCAAAUGGCCUGACUCUGGAUUUAAUAGGACGGAAAGUUUAUUGGGUAGACGCGAAAUUACACAUCAUAGCAUCUUGCAACUACGAUGGAAGUGCUAGGAGAACUGUUUUAUAUUCCCAAGACCAUUUAAGACAUCCAUUCAGUAUCACAACAUUCGAAGAUUUCGUAUAUUGGUCAGAUUGGGACAAACAGACGAUAUUCAAAGCAAAUAAAUUCACUGGCAAGGAAGUCAAAGCCGUAACGCCACUAAGAUCACAACAGAAUCCGAUGGUCGUUCACGUUUAUCAUCCCUACAGACAACCUGACGGAACGAAUCAGUGCCAAGCAGUUAAUGGACACUGCAGUCAUUUAUGUCUACCUGCUCCAAGAAUAAAUUCACGAUCUCCCUUACUCAGCUGUGCUUGUCCUGACGGUUUAAGAUUAUUGCCCGAUGGUCUCAUGUGCGUCGAAAACGUAACGACAACAGUGGCACCCACAACACAAGAAUCUACGAGGCCGUUUAAAAAACUUGAGCCCACAAGUACUGUUGCAGGUCCUACAGAUGCAACUGAUGCGAAUGGAAACAGUAAUCUCGGCAACGAGCCAACAGAUCCAGGCUUGGUCGCUGGUAUAGUCAUAGGAGUAGUAACCUUAGGUCUUCUACUGCUCGCACUAGUUGCAGUGCUUUGCUAUAGGCAUUACCUUCACCGUAAUGUCACUAGCAUGAAUUUCGAUAAUCCAGUGUACAGAAAAACUACUGAAGAUCAAUUUAGUCUUGAGAAAAAUAGGUUCCCACUACCAACGGCAACAGUUGGAGAGGAGGCACAAGAGCCAUUGACCAGUCCAGGAACAAACGACUAUGUUUAAAAAAAAGGGCAGUUAACUUUUUGUAAAAGAGUUAAAGAAUUAAAUAAUCUAAUGGGAUUGUAAAGGAGGAGUAAAAAGAAGAAUAGUUGGAAUAAAAAGAAAAGAAAUCGAGUUCUGGCAGUAUGUGCCUGACCGAAAUGUCCGCCUGCUGCCUGCCAAUUAAGCUGUGAUUAUGUUUUUUUUUUUUUUUUUACUACAUACUUUUAUUCGUUUCAAACUUUAAACUAAUUAUUGCAUUUUUUAUUAAAAAUCAAAUAGUGUAAUAAUCUAGAGAUUAGUAUACUAUUUGAUUGCGUGUACGCAAUGAUGGCUGAUUUAAUUUGUAUUGCUCACUGAACAAGUGUAGAGAGGAUUAUUAUUAUCGAUUAGUACAGAUGAUUAAAUAAUUAAUUAUUGAGUUAAUUAGAAUAUAAUAUUAAAGAGGCGCCAAACUAAUUUUACGAUAUAAAUAUUAAUCGAAUCAAAGCUAGUAUUCAUACGACGUAUAUUCUCAAUACGUCAUGUAAUAUUUCAUAUAAUAAUAUAUUAUUAUAAUUAUGAUGUUAAGUCAAAGCUCGCUGUAAAGUCUGUCAAACGUCGAAUCGAGCAUUAUUUGGUGAUGUAUUCAUUAAUUGUUAUAUUUAUAAACAAUGUCUGUGUUAAAAUCUUUUAAUAUAGUUUUAAAAAAAAUUGUGAUCAUCUGAAAAUGUUAUCCAAAUUAUUAUUUAAAUUAUUAGUUAUAUAGCUAUGGAACAAAAUUGUUUUUACUUUAUUUAUUGCUAAAAAGCUUUAUUUUUAUCACAUUCGAGUGCUCGACUCGUUAGUUUAGACUUCUAAUGCACCGUAAAAGCAUCUUUAGAUGCUUAGCGUACAUAUGUACAUAUUUACCCUUGAAAUCUGAUUCUUCGUUAUAAUUUUGUUUAAUCUUGAUUUGCAAUUGUAUAUAUAAUUAUACACCAUAUUACACUACAUGUAUAUUCCUAUAAGAAAAUGCAAUCGUACUAAAAUUAUUUGAAAUAAUGCAAUGAAUAAUUACGUACUAUUUAAGUGCUUUAUAACAACAAAAAUUUAAUUUUUGUUGCCUAGUUUUAUUUUUAAUUAAUUAUUACGUGACAAUUACAAAAGCUCAUAGUGACUUAUGUUAGUGAAAUGUGUAGCCGUACAGGUUUAUGGCGUGUAGUUCAUAUCAAAGAACCAUUCAACUUGAAAUAAACCUAGUUUGAUCACUAUUAACUUUAGGAAUAGAUAAUAAAAUGAUUAAAUUAAAAUAAAAUUACUCUACACUACAGAUAAAUUAAUAAAUAAACAGUAAUGAUAAGAGCAGCUCAAUGACACAAAAAAAAUUCUGACUGCACGUCGAUUUUAAUAAAUGAAAUAAAAAGUACGACUAUUUA